UUUAUAAAAAAUAUUCUCACAAUCAAAUCAAUAUUCACUGAAAAAUAGUACGUACUUGAAUGAAUUGUCAUCUGGAAACCAAGUGCUUAAAAGUUGCAAAGAAUGUUAAUGAAUUUAUUUUCACGUUGUAUAAUUACUUGUUUUCUGUUCAAUACAAAUUCGUGAUCAUGAUGGAAUGAAGGAAACAUCUUCUACAUGGCAUUGAUUGUUAAGAUCAGUGACAAUGCAAAUUCAAGUUUUACCAUUAACACUUUUUACAAACGCAAACUUUGAUUCUGGAUUCACAACGCUAUGAACCCUUUGAUGUAUUCUGCAUUUGAGUAUUUUCUGUGAUUGGAUUAGAACGCGUUGUCACAUUUAUUGCUGGUCAUAUUCAUAUCAGCGGACUGCACAUUUAUUGUUCUUCCUGAAAUGGCACAUAAUUACAAUUAAUAAAUAAUAACUAUUUUCACUUGGGCUUUGGUAGUACUGCAAAUCACAAUUACUGCCCUUUCUUGAUAAAUAAUAUUUACGCAGUUGAGAUUUUUUAGUUUAAGAUACAAUACUCUAGAGUUGAGUCAUCUCGUGAUGGUUUUUCCGAUGGCGAUUAAAGCAACAUUUCUAAUGUCUGGUAUUUUGGGACUAAAGUUUGGAAUCGGAAGGGACAAGGAAAAUGAAAUUGACGCCAAAGUACCUUUCAACUUAACUCUGGAAAAUCAAACAAUUCAAAUUCCAUCCUCCUUUUUUUACAAUAUUUCUACACUUACAACCACUAAACCAAUAACAACGAGUAAUAGUUCUAUCCGUGGAACACGACAUGCAAAAAUAUUCCAACUUCCGGGUUACGGGAAGACGAUCACGUAUGACUUUGCACUUCAUGGAAAAUGUGGUCCUGGAAAAUGCCACUUAAAUGACGAAAUGUGCGUCACUUGGGUAAAAGUAAAAGAUGGAAGAACAGGUCACAAUAAUGAAUCCCCACUCCUGAUUCAUCAAUGCCUCAAAAAAAAUGGUGAUUAUCACACCAAGAUAAAUCCAAGUGGAGGUGGACUUUGUGGAAAUGGAGAAAUGCAUUCCAUCCUGCAUGAACCCCAAGCGUGUCUUCAAGAUGAGCCACCUUGUCCCUUGAUUUGGAAGUACAAAUGUGUAGCAAUUUCUGAUGCUUUGGACAGAGAAAUUCACUCCUGCCGAUUCAAAACGUGCCCUCCAGAGGAAUCAUGUGUAGAAGUUGCAGAGUGCGACGAAGUCCUUCCAUGCAUACCCAUUGCUACGUGCAAAUAAAUUACAUUGUGAUGAUUUGACUUGCACAUGCAUGAGUAAAAGCACUUUACAAAUUCGCCAUUUUUACAAGGAUGCUUUUUUAUAUUAAAGAAUAUUAAUUUCAAGGAGUUGUCAUUACUUAUUUUGAUGCGUUCGGUCACGUCAACUGUUGCACAUAUCAUUGAAUCACGGCACAAAGUUUAUAUAAAGUUGGAACCGUUACAACUCUAGACGACAUUCGAAAUAUAUCCUGUGAUAGUUAUCCAUAUUUAAAAGCAUGAUUCUGCCAACAGCAGUUCGGAGUGGUUUUAUCCUUUCUGGGUUUCUUCAAAUCUUCUUUGACGGAAUUCCUAAUGGCAAUGGAGGCACAACGUCAUUGGAAACUAUAGUUCCUUUCAAAGUUGUAUGUCGCAACCAGUCACGUCCAUCGAAUGGUGUGAAAUUGCUCAUGCGUCCGUUGCUAAAAGAAGUUGGCAAUUCUAAACCUGCUCAACCUACAAAGAAUCCAAUCCGGAUGAUGAAAGCGGGUGUCAAUUUGGUACCGAAACAAGGGGAAGAGGAAAACUCAAUUAUGAAUUCUGCAUCCACUCCAAGUACUCCAACCCUAAUGAUGCCUGAGCCCCUGCCUUCAAGUUCCUCUGAAGUGAUGACUCCAAGCAAUAAAGUAAUCGACAAGUGUGGACAAUCCCAAUGCAAUGAAGACGAAAUGUGUGUAUCGUGGAAGAACGUUGACAAAAUGGAAAACAUGGCAUCCACUUAUUCAAAACGAUCUCCAAAGAACACAGACGUGAAAAUUUUUUCUGAAUGCCAGAAAAAUAACGGACUCUAUCACCCAAAAGUGAACCCAAUAAUGGCAGCUCAAUUGUGUCCUCCUGGACUCACACACGCCCUUCAAAGGCGUCCUCAAUCUUGUCUCCGCGAUGACCCACCUUGUCCUCUAAUAUGGGAUUACAAAUGCGUAGAAGAAAGCGCAUCUCCACACAACUGUACGUUGAAAACAUGUCCUCCUGGUGGGUGCGUGGAGCAAAUAAUUUGCAGUGACCAACCGCCAUGCAUGUUGGAAGCAGUUUGUCUUCAUGGAUUAUUACGUUAAUGAACUUAAUGGUUAUGCAUCAGCCAUUGCAACACAGUUUCUUAUCAAACGACAUCGAACUAAGAAAAUCUUCCUAACGACUUCACUACUCCUCUAAUUACUUUCUCAUUAUUAUUUAUACCUUUGACGUGUUAUUAACUAAUAAGCAAACAACUACAUUAUAACAUCAUUUGACUCCCAAAACUCCUCCCAUGCUUACAUAGAAUCAACAUGCAGGCUAAGACAAUACGAUAUGUAUGCAUCAAUAUGUUGUAAUUGUGCUCAUUAGAAAUAUACAUUUAUGAAAAUAUACAAAUGUAUUACGUAAGUUAAUAUCUUAAAUAUAUGUUGAAGUUACUACCAUUAACACAUUUAACCUGAAUUGAUUGUUGAUUGUAAAAUUUACGUAUACAUACAGAUCAAAGUACAAAUGCAUAUACUAAGUAAUUGGAUACACAUACUUUUCCAAUUCUUCAUGAGUCACACAAAUCAUGUAUCACAAAGUAAAUAAGGUGGUGCAGAUUAGAUAAUUUCUUCCGCCAUAUGCUUACAUACAUAUGUGCAUGCACUGCUAAUCAUUACACAACUUUCAAACCCAAUUGUAUGAGGAUGACAAAUAUUCCUUUAUCCACACAAAUACUUUGGCCGGCCCAAAUAAUUCAAACUCCCGAAAAAUAUUAUAAUUUUACACCAAUUUAAUCAUAAGUAUUACUAAUUAAUUUCUCUUGGUGGGAAACCUAAUACUACAAUGGACGACGAUAAACUCACUCUUAAUCCAAAAUUUGAAAAUCUAGAGAGAGAAGAAAACGCAGAAUUACGCUUUUUCUGUGAAGCAUUUAGUUUACUAGAUGCUGUGAACAACUCAAAUCUUCUCUUGGGAUUCUCAACUCAAGUUUGCGAGUCUAAGGAUGG